AUUGAAUCUGGGUCCAAAGUCGACACGUCGAGUUCUAUUUAUUUAUUAUAUGAUUUAAUUUUUACUUCGUUUUACGUGAAAUCUCUUGAAAAUGGCAUCGUUGAUGGCAAAGAACUUAAUAAAAACACCUGGUCCCAUCAAGCUGGCUUUGCAGCAAACAGGUAUCAGGUCUUUUUCUGUUGGGACUGAACGUAAAGCCAAAACUGUCUCAGAUAAGACUGGUAAAAAUAUAGUUUUGGUUGAUGGAGUCCGCACACCAUUUUUAAUGUCUGGUACAGACUACUCAAAGUUGAUGCCACAUGAUUUAGCCAGACAAGCCUUGAUUGGAAUUGCAAGAAAAACUGGCAUUUCAAAAGAUUUAAUAGAUUAUAUUAUCUAUGGCACUGUUAUUCAAGAAGUGAAAACAUCAAAUAUCGCGCGUGAAGCUGCUCUGGCUGCAGGAUACAGUGACAAGAUUCCUGCUCACACAGUCACUCUAGCAUGUAUUUCUUCUAAUGUUGCUAUAACAACUGGCAUUGGUUACAUAACUGCAGGAGUGUUUGAUGUGAUUUUGGCUGGUGGUGUUGAAUUCAUGUCUGAUGUCCCAAUUAGGCAUAACAGACAAAUGAGGAGUCUCAUGUUACGCGCUAACAAAGCUAAAACACCAAUGCAAAAGCUGCAACUUUUGUCUCAGCUAAGACCAUCCCAUUUUAUCCCAGAACUUCCAGCUGUUGCUGAAUUCUCUUCUGGUGAAACUAUGGGACAUUCCGCUGAUCGUUUGGCCGCUAGCUUCGGUGCUUCCCGCAAAGAGCAAGAUGAUUACGCAUUGAGGUCACACACUUUGGCCAAACAGGCCUAUGAAAAUGGAUAUUUCACCGAUAUGUUGCCUUUCAAAGCUCCAGGCGUUGAUAAGACCAUCGAAAAAGAUAACGGAAUUCGCGUUGCCACUUCCGAGCAAUUGGCUAAAUUAAAGCCUGCGUUCAUUAAACCUCACGGUACUGUGACAGCUGCAAAUUCUUCAUUCUUGACUGACGGAGCUUCUGCAGCUUUGAUCAUGACCGAAGCAAAGGCCAAGCAAUUGGGUCUAAAGCCGAAAGCUUACUUGAGGGACUUCACAUACGUGUCUCAAGAUCCCAUUGACCAAUUGCUUUUGGGACCUGCCUACGGAACUCCAAUUGUUCUUGAGAAAGCCGGUCUAACUACAAAGGAUAUUGAUGUAUGGGAGUUCCACGAGGCAUUCGCUGGACAAAUUAUCGCUAACAUGAAAGCCAUGGACAGCGAUUGGUUUGCCCAAAAGUAUAUGAAUCGCAAGACCAAGGUGGGAGCACCUGACCUGAACAAAUUCAAUAAUUGGGGUGGAUCUCUUUCAAUUGGUCAUCCUUUCGCUGCCACAGGAGUCCGUUUAGCCAUGCACACCGCUAACAGAUUGGUCCGCGAAGACGGCAAAUUUGGCUUAGUUGCUGCUUGCGCCGCAGGAGGACAGGGUGUUGCAAUGAUUCUUGAAAGACAUCCAGAUGCUGAUGCGAAUUAAACGUAAAGAAGUUUAAUAUUUAAAAUAAGUUUUGUUUUUUUUACUUCUAGAUUUUAUAUU